CCGAGCUUGUCUGUUCCAAAGACUGAAGACAGAGAGUGAAGUGAGAGGAGUCGGGCAAGACUAUCAGGGGAGCCUAGUGACAGAUUGUCGUUCAAGCUCCAUAUUUUGCAAGGAUCUUCACUCGCCUUGUUUGAAAUCUUUGGGUGGAUGACAAGAGUUUUCUCCCGCUCUUGAGCGAUUAAACUUAGACUUGGGACACUACUUUGUUCUUGCAGCUGUUCCUAUGCUUGCUCGCCAGCGGGCCGGAGUUGAGAUUGUAUAUUGGUUUCCCGUCUUCUCGAAUUAAACCCUGCCGCUACUGCCCUUCGUCGUGUGUGUAUAUAAUCCCUGCGAAGUCAGGGGUGAGCUUGCUUCCGUGCAUGAAGCGGUCUUAACAUCCGUUGCUUUCGCCUAUCAGAGUGAACAGGGACGCCGAAAUAUCUCGUCAGCAAUGGCUGAGACUCAAGAUGUCAUGAUGCUGUGUGUCCACAUGGACAACAAAAGACCAGGCUCUUUCCAGUCAACUCCAGGCGUCACACCUGGAACCGUCUCGACGUCUCAAGCUAACCAGAUUCCAGGAACUUCCAGAAGUCGAGGCGAAGGCCCGAGACAGGAGGUGGUAUCUAACGCUAACCAGACGACUUCAAGGCGAGGCUCUUUUGAGUUGCAAAACGAAGAUCGCCUCGGAUUCUCCUCACUUUCAGGAGCUGCGGCGUUUCAGCAGGGAAAGGGAUCCGCGGAUCCUCAUAGCGACCCUUGGUGGUCAGCGUGAUUUUUUAAUCUAACUGUGCAAGUUGUCUGAGCUUGGGCGAUUGUUUCUCAAUGCCUUCUCUCUGGCCUUAUCUCACUCCCUUGGCGAGUGUUUUUCUCCGCUAUCCUUGAUGCAUUUCUUUGUACAGUUUCUCUGUUUUACGCUCCGACCGAACGAUGCAUGCACUCUAAAUGACAAU